ACAGAUGAUUAAAGGAGUCAUUUCAAAACCAUAUUUAGAUUUUUACUAACAGGUGCGGAUCCAGGCCUGAAGUACAGGUUGCAUUAAAAUGACUGAAAUGUUUGCAGCUAGAAUGACUGGGCAUGUUCUGGACUGUGAAGCAUUUCCUUGUAAUGAAAAGAGCCCAACAUAUUCUUGCUAAUUUUGAACCGUGUUAUGGAUGCACUUGAGGUCGACAGUUUAUAACAGGUCAACUAUUAUAACUGUGCAUCCACUCUACAUUAUUGAACAUUAUGGUUGGAGACUCGGUCAGUAGAUAUCAGGAAUUACGGGGAUAGUGCUGGAAAAUUAUCCUGAAGAAGAAAAUCCAUCUCAUUAUCAUGAUCUUAAUGAAUGCCAGAGCAGCCUCAAAAAGUAAGAUUGCCCACACCUAUUUCUUAUGUUCAGCUUGGACAUUUACUUCCUCGAUGUACAGUUAUUUGCCUAGGCUACUUUGACAGUACCUUACACACAGUUGAAAUCUACUAACAAGAAGCUGAGAAAAUCAGGCAAGAAAAACACCACCACCCGCAAGUUCCUUCCAAGUUACACACCACCCUGAUUUUAUCUUGGUUUCUAACAUCAUACUGUGGGAGGUUGACAGAAGGACUGCAGUUGUUCAGAGUGGUCAUGUGCCUUUACCUUCUCAGGGGCAAUUCUUUACAAGUAAUGAACGUAGGCUGAGCCAGGGAAUGAACAAAUUUUGAAAAGUGAAUAUAUAUUUUCUUAAUUGCUUUGCUGUUAUGCCUUCCUUUCUGUGCCAUGCCUCUAUUCUUUUUGAUAGUUUUCGCCAAGUAUUUUAUCUUGCACCAGAUUCUGUGUUUUUCUCUUCUAUCAUUCGUUCACUAUGUAGUGUCAUAUGACGUGAGCAACCAUGGUCUUUCUACAGAAGUGGUUUGCCAUUGCCACCUUCUGGGCAGUGUCUUUACAAGACUGGUGACUCCAGCCAUUACCAAUACUCCAGAGAUUGCCUGCCUGGGGUCAGUGGUCGCAUAACCAGGACUUGUGAUCUGCACCAAUUGCUCCCACGGCUUUACGUGACACUUAUCGGAGUGGCUAAGCAGGUGCUGCACCUUGACCUGUAGGCUAGCAGAGGGAAGGAGCUCCUUACACCUCCUUUGUUAGUGACGCAUCUCCAUUCUUCCACACGAUUCCUCUAUUAUAGAUUUUAUACUGUAGAGGAAUAUAUAUAUACCUGUACAUACACCCCUCAGUUUAUGGUCGAAGUCCAUGCCAUAAAAAAGGUUGGGAAGCUCUACCUGACACACACUGACAGUGUCCACACUGCAAAUGACCUUAAACUCAUCGUACUGAAAAUCUAAGUUCCGUAUCUAGGUGCCUGUUUAACACACUCACUAACCAGGGUGGACAGGACAAUAGGGAACACCGAGUGCACUAACUCUGAGGCUUUCCGGGACCAAUGGAUUCCAAUGGGCUGGCGUGCAUCCUGACAAAGAACGAAAGUUUUAAUUUGAGAAUUAUGUAAAUAUCUAAGUAUUCUGGUAGAACUCAUGCAAGUCUAUAAAUAUAUUUCAUUUAAAAAUAACCACGGACACGAAGUGAAGCUCCCACUGUAUUACUCUGCCAAUGGAAGUGAAUCAGAAUGGGAUUGCGUCACUGUUACCCAGCGUAACUCCAAAUCUGUUCCUCGUCUUCGCACAAAUUCUGCCUGACCCGCAGGCUAUUUCCAGCAUUCUCUACAUAUAUAUAUAUAUAUAAAUUAUCCACGGGGGCUAUCCUUGCAGACUCACUACAUCUACGAGCUGCCCUGCAGACGAAGCAGUGACCGUCGUGCCCAGAGUAAUUAAACGAUCGACAAUAAAAAGGCGCCCCCAAGGCGUUCUCCCGGUGUCAUCACGAACUGUACCUGUGCGUGUUGCCGAAGGCCCAGCCGCCGAUCAGUCCGGAGUCCAGGCCGACUCUGCCCGCCUCUCCCUCAGACUGCCGCCCGGCUGGAGGCGGGCUCUGACGUCAGUUCACUCGCUCGGGCCGGGGCUGCUCGCUGUCUGGCUCGGGACGGGCGCCGGGGGGGGGACCAAGUCACUGCCGCCCGAGGUUUUAAAUGAGCUUAUCUAAAAACAGUGCAGAUGAUUCGAUGAUUUGGAAACACUUUAAUUGAAACAAAGGCUGGAAUAAGGAAGCAGAGAAGAAGGAUGAGUCUGCUAAAACCUAGUGGGUUGAAAGCUCCCAGCAAGAUUGCCAAGCCAGCAAGUACUGCAGUGAAGCAAGCGGCUACACAAUCUGCAACAUCUGUUGCUACCACACAAAAAGCAUCAUCUGGAGAGAAAUCUUCAAGCACAUCCACCACGGAGGGGCAGGAAGAACAUGUGUCUGACUUCAAGAUUGGAGAACGCAUCUGGGUAAAUGGCAGUAAACCUGGUUACAUCCAGUUCCUUGGGGAGAGUCAGUUUGCCCCUGGCCAGUGGGCUGGAAUUGUUUUGGAUGAACCAAUUGGUAAAAAUGAUGGUUCAGUUGCCGGGGUUCGAUAUUUCCAAUGUGAACCAUUGCGUGGAAUAUUUACAAGACCUUCAAAGUUGUCACGAAGCCCAGUGGUAGAUGGUGAAGCUAGUGGUUCACAGACUCGGGCAACAUCUGCUUCCAGAGCAACAUCACCCACAUCUACAUCGGCCAGUGGUGCAGCAGCUCCGUCUCCGUCAACUGCACAAAAAGCUGCACCAGCUGGAGCUCAGGAUUCUGCGGCUAUGUCCAAUCUCUUAAAAACAGGAAGUGAAUCUGUGUCGAAUCUCUCAGAAGCUGGUUCUGUUAAGAAAGGGGAACGUGAAUUAAAGAUUGGAGACAGAGUCUUGGUUGGUGGUACCAAAGCAGGAGUGGUGCGCUUCUUAGGAGAAACUGAUUUUGCUAAGGGGGAGUGGUGUGGAGUGGAACUGGAUGAACCCCUCGGAAAGAAUGAUGGAGCUGUGGCUGGAACGAGAUACUUUCAGUGCCAGACAAAGUAUGGUCUUUUUGCACCAGUUCAUAAAGUUACCAAAAUUGGAUUUCCCUCAACAACACCAGCUAAAGCCAAGACAACUGUACGAAAAGUAGUAACUACCCCAUCGAAUCUCAAGCGGAGUCCUAGUGCAUCAUCCAUCAGCUCUUUAAGCUCUGUAGCAUCUUCCAUCAGUGGUAGACCUAGUCGAUCAGGAUUGCUAACAGAAACCUCUUCACGUUAUGCAAGGAAAAUAUCAGGCACCACCGCAUUACAGGAGGCUUUAAAGGAGAAGCAGCAGCACAUUGAGCAGUUGCUGGCUGAGCGAGACCUGGAAAGAGCAGAGGUUGCCAAGGCAACAAGCCAUGUGGGAGAAAUUGAACAGGAGCUCACGUUACUUCGGACAGGUCACGAACAGAAUGUAUUGGAGAUGGAGGCGAAGAUGGACCAGUUACGCGCAUUAGUGGAGGCUGCUGACAGAGAGAAGGUGGAGCUUUUAAACCAACUGGAGGAAGAAAAAAGAAAAGUGGAAGAUCUUCAGUUCCGUGUAGAGGAAGAGUCCAUUACCAAAGGUGACUUAGAGACGCAGACCAAACUGGAGCAUGCCCGCAUUAAGGAGCUUGAACAGAGCCUGCUCUUUGAAAAGACCAAAGCUGAAAAACUCCAGAGGGAGUUAGAAGACACUAGGGUGGCUACUGUGUCUGAGAAGUCACGGAUUAUGGAGUUAGAAAGGGAUCUAGCAUCGCGCACAAAAGAAGUCUCAGAGCUUCAACAAAGACUUGUGAGCAUUGACAUUUCUGGUAAUGUGGAGAGUGCUCCUUUGUUGGAAGAAAUAUCUUGUUUGCAAGAUAAGCUUGCAACAUUGAAUAAAGAGCAUCAAAGUGAACUUAAGACAUUGAAAGAAAAACUUGAAACCUCAGAGGAAGAUCACCAAAAGGUACUUCAACAACUGCAGGCUGCAACUGAAAAGGUUUCGGAGGAGAACAUGACUCUCAAGUCCAAAUUGGAUCAAGCCACUAAUGAAAACUCAGAGGUGGUUAGUCUGUGGAAAAGAAAGCUAGAGUCUGCAAUAGAGUCUCAUCAGCAAGCCAUGCAGGAACUCAAGUCUUCCUUCAGUAAAGGAGCAGAUUCCCAAACUACAGAGCUUCUAGAGCUGAAGAGUAAUUUAGAAAAGCUGAAAGCCGACCAUCAAUUGGAACUUGAGAAUAUUAAAAUUCAGCAAGAUAAUGAAAAGUCAAGCUACCUAAAAGAAACUGAAGAUUUAAGAUCUCGGCUAUCAGAAACCACUUCAGAAAAGGAAAAGGAUAUCGAUAAUCUCAAGUCACAACUGGAAUAUACUACAAAUCAGCACUUGGUAGAAAUGGAAGAAACUUUGACAAAGCUACAGGAAACCAAAGACAAGUUACAGGAAUUGCAAGUUUUGCAGUCUAAGAGCAAUGAACAGGCACAAAUUUUUGAGGAAUUAACAGCAAAAGUAGCAGCAGCAGAACAAAAGGUGCUGGAUUAUGAAUUGCUACAUGAAGCUGAAGCACAAGAAAGAGAAAAGAUCAAAAGACUUGAAGAGAAGCUUGCAGCUGUUGAGUCAGAGUUGAAAAUCCGUGAAUCUUUAAAGCUUUCUGAAGAGAACAAGGUUAUUGAUUUGGCCAAACAGCUCGAGGAACAACAUCAGUCAGUUGUUAAUCUGAACCAAAGUUUGACUGUAGUGAGCCAGGAUAAACAAACUUUAGAGCAGCAACUGCAGACCAUGAAAGAAAAGUUUGAUGGAGCAUCAGAAGCGCAUUACAAAUUGCAGCAAACAUUAGAAGAAACACUCACAAAGCUCCUUGCAAAAGAAGAGCAAAACACUUCACUUUCAUCUGAGGUAGCAGAGCUCAAAUCUCAGCUUUCUGCUACGGAAAGAAGAAUUAAAGUUGAGAAGGAAAAGGCUGAACAGCUAACUGAAGAUAAAACCAAACUUGAGGACACCAUCUCUGAGAUGAUGAAAUCUUCAGGGGACAACUCUGCCCAGCUUACAAAAAUGAAUGAAGAGCUGAAACUCAGAGAAAGGAAGCAGGAUGAGCUACAGGAACUACUUCGUCAGUCCACUGAAAAGGUUGCUUAUUUGCAGGAAAAUUUGGAGCAAGUCACAAAUAAAACAGAGCAGAUGCAGGCAGAGCAGCAACAGAAGCAUCAGAAUGAGCUUCAAGCAAUAAUGGAGAAAAUGACAGGCCUGCAAGAGCAGGUGGAAAUGCACAGCACGCACACUAAGGAACUGCAAAGCAACCAUGAGAAAGUGGUUUCAGAAAUAAAUGAGAACAAUGAUACUUUAGUGAAGGAGCUCAAGACAAAUUUACAGGAAACCAAAGAGGCACUAAAGAGCUCUCAGGAGAAAAAUAAUCAAAGAGAAGAACUCAUAGAAGAGCUGAAGAGACAGGUGGAAGAGGUCCAGUCUUUAACCAGUGAGCUAGCAACAGCCAAAUCUCAGUAUGAGCAAAUAGCAGAGGAUGUGAGAGCUUUGAAGGGAGAUAAAGAACAGAUGAUCCAGCAAAAUGAUGCACUAAAGUCCGAGAAAGAGUCCUUAUUUUAUGAACUUUCAGAGCUGAAAUUACAGUGUACCUCCCUCCAGAAAGAGCAGCAAGUGUUAGAAUCAAAGAAUGAGAAACUUCAGUUGGAAAGAACAGCAUUUUUACAAGAGAGGCAGGAUUUUGAGAGUACUCAGCAACAACUCUGUUUGGAAAAAAAUGCUUUACUGACUGAAAAGGACCACAUCUUCCUGGAAGCUAAACAUUUGCAGCAGCUCCUUGAUAAGUUGACCAAAGAAAAUGAGGACCUCCAAGCCUCACGGUCAGAGCUGAGCAACCAGUUGGAUAAUGUUCAGACAAAAAGCAAAGUGGUUGAACAUGAACAAGCCCAGUUGCUUCAAGAAAAGGAAGAGUUAUUAUUGGCCCACAGGAAAGUGAUUACAGAAAGAGAGGAACUUACAAAAGAAAAAGACAAAAUUACUGAAAAUUUUGACAAGCUGCGUGAAGAGGCGGCAGUUACUCUUGAGAAGCUGAUGAAAGAAAGAGAUGUGCUGAUGGUGGAAAAAGAUUCAAUUCUAUUGAAAUGCUCAGAGCUUGAAGCUCAAAAUGAACUUUUAGGAAAGGAGAAAAAUCUGCUAAAUUCAGAACGUGAUGAGCUAAUAUCUAAAAAUGAAGCUCUAAAUAAGGAGAAGGACCAUCUUGGUUCAAGUUUAGAGAAGACUAUCCUUGAAAAUCAGUCUUUCGUUAUCUCAAAAGAUCAACUACAAUUUAGUCAUGAUCGAUUAAAGAAUGAACUAGAAAAAUGCUUGAAAGAAAAUGCAGAACUUCAGGCCUCAAAAUCCAGCCAAGCCAAACUCUUGGAUGAAAUUAAGAACAGCAGGGAGGUAACAGAUUCUGAACGUGUUCAGCUGCUCCAGGAGAAGGAAGAGCUAACAACAUCUCAGAGACAACUGACCAUAGAGAGGGAUGAACUAGCUAAAGAAAAAAUGGAGCUGACUGCAAAGCUGCAGCAAUCCAUUGAGGAGGCAGCUAUCGCCACAAAGCAGCUGAAUGAAGAAAAGGAUGGUCUGCAAACUGAGAAAGAUGCACUUUGUCUGAGGCAAUCGCAGCUGGAAACCCAGUGUGAUUUUCUGCAAAAGGAGAAGGAGGCCUUGGAAUCAAAAAGCAACAUGCAAAUGGCAGAAAAUGCAUCUCUCUCGGCUGAGAUAGCAGAAUUUAAAUUGAAGCAAAGGCAGCUAGUCUCCGAAAAUGCAGCCAUUGUUGCAGAAAGGAAUCAGCUCCUCAGCAACGCUGAGCUUUUACAGCGAAAGCUUGACGAAUCGGCAAAAGCAAAUGAAGAGCUCCAGGCCUCGAAAUCAAGUUUCUCUACACUUUUGGAUGAAAUUCAGAGCAGCAAAAACAUUGUGGAUUUGGAAAGGCAUUCCCUGUUACAAGAGAAAGAAAGGCUGGUCGCUGAACUUCAGGAGCAAUGCACAGAAAAAGAACAUCUUACUUGUCAGAAGGUGGAAUUGGAGGAAAAAUACAGCAAGCAGAAUGAACAAAUGAGAGUACUUGAGAACCAGCUAACACAGGAAAGAGAUGCUGCAAAAAUGGAAAGAGAGGCCCUUAGUGUGGCUCAUGCAGAACUUGAAAACCAUUUCCAUUUAUUAACAAAUGAAAUGGGCAUUCUUAGAACUAAGCACAAUGAAGUACUUUCAGAAAACUGUGUGCUAAUAAAGGAAAAUGAGGCAUUACAUGCUGAACAAAAGAAAUCUGCCUGUGAGAGGGAAGGCCUAGCAGCUGAGAAAAAUUGGCUGGCAUCCACCACUGAAGAGCUGAAGAAGGAGAUUGAAAUAUUAACCAAAGAAAAUGUAGAAUCCCAGGCUUCAAAUUCAAAUCUUUUGAAACUCUUAGAUAAACUUCACAGUAGCCAGGAGAAAUCUGACCUGGAUCGAGUAAAGCUGCAGGAAGAGAAAGAUAAUUUGCUGGCAACAGUGCUAAACCUUAAGGCAGAAAAAGAAGAGCUGGUUAGAGAGAAUAGCAAGCUGGCAAAGUCCCUCUGCCAGUUAGACAAAGAGGCUGCUCUUUCUGCUCAAGACAAGGGAGAAACUGAAGCAAAACUGCAGCAGCUGACAUGUGACAAGGAAGUAUUGCUGAAACGUGAAGAGGACCUUUCUUCCAAAUUAAAAGAUCUUCAGGUUCAUCAGAAUAUUACUUUAUCAGAGAAGAUUGAGGCUGCGAGACAGGCUGAAGAGGCUAAGCAGUCAUUAGAGCAAGUGAUGAAGGAGAAAAAUAUACUGGACCAACACAAGGCCGAAACUUUGGCAGAAUUGCAGGAAUCCAGACUAAAGAACCAAAAGCUUGAAAAUGAGCUGGAAGCUCUUAAGGAACAGAACAAUAAAUGCCAAGAAGACUUGAACCACUCAAAACAGCAGCUGAGCUCAGAGAAUAAGAGAAUAGGAAACCUUUGCAAAGAAAUAGAGGAGCUGAAGCUGGCAGCAGCCCAGAAGACCCAGCAGCUGGCAGCACUACACGAGGAAAACAGCAAACUGGCAAGUGAGUUGGGUAAGAGCAGGGACGAAGUCACCAGCCAUCAAAAGCUCGAAGAGGAGCGAUCUGCACUUAAUAAUCAACUGCUAGAAAUGAAAAAGAGAGAAUCCUUAUUAAAGAAAGAGUUUGAAGAAGACAAAAACUCUUUACAGAAAUCCAUUGCAACUACCAGUGCCUUAAUAACAGAUAAAGACAAAGAACUAGAGAAACUCAAGAAUGAGAUUGCAGUGCUACGAAGUGAGAAUGCCAUGGCAAAAAAUUUACAGUCAGUAGUUCAGUCACUGGAAUCUGAUAAAUCAAAACUUGAACAAAAGGUACAGAGUUUGGAGAAGAAAAUCAAUGAUAACCAAAGGCAGCUUGACAACAUCACAUCCUCUCCAGGUGAACAAGUUAUUGAAGAACAAAGGGAAGAAAAUGAUUCUGCUGAGAGUCAAAUUGAUUUCCUGAACUCUGUGAUAGUGGAUUUGCAAAAAAAGAAUGAACAACUGAAAGUGCAGCUAGAAAAAUUAGCUGAGGCAUCCCUUAAUGGCAAUGUUGCUGAUGAUGUAAACAACUUUGGCACCUUGGAUGGGACACAAACAAAGAAGAAGCCACCACCACGUCUAUUUUGUGACAUAUGCGAUUGCUUUGACCUCCACGAGACCGAGGAUUGUCCCAAACAAGCACAGAUGUCUGAAUUUCCUCCACAUUCUACUUACCAUGGCAGUAGAAAAGACGAACGCCCUUAUUGUGACAUCUGUGAGGUAUUUGGGCAUUGGACGAACAACUGCAAUGAUGACGAAACCUUCUAAUACACCACUCCACCCUAGAUAUGGUGUAUAUUUUGCUUGUGUAGAGUUCCAGUUUUUGUUUUUCAUUUCUGCUUAAAUAUCAUCUUUUGCCUUUCAUUAUCCUCCACUGCACAUUGUUCUAACACCAUCUAUAACUUUACCUCUAUAAACUAACCUUAGCUUCUACAGAACGACUAACUUGAAUUAUGAUUCAGUGUACAAAACUGUAGCAUUUGAAAUUUUCUGCUCCUCACCGUCAGAGUUUGUAUAAAGAGUGUGAACAUUAUAUUGAUUUCUUACUGAAUGUAAAAUAUGUCUGGAAGAUUAGGCUUAUGAACUUGUAUAUACCUUUGAUUUAUUUUUGGCCAAAGUAAUUUACUCAGAAAUCAACAUAGGGAUAUGUUGAAUAUUUUUCUUUCAUUUCUAAAUUUGGGUAUUGAAAUGAAUGUAUAGUGUUAUAAAUUGUUGCAGGGAGAAGGUUAUAUGUAAAGACAGUAUUAACCCAAACACUGUGUGUACUGUGUCAACUUUAAUAAAUUAUUACCUUUGAUGUUUUGAUUGCUAUAUACAA